AUGGAGACGAUUGAAAGGAACGAAACUACGUCAUCCAGCAAGCUGGCAAAGGAUAUUAGUACAAGUCACAACUCAAAACAACCUGACGCUGUCGAUGAAGAUGAGACAUAUUCAAGGAUCACGCUUGGUACUGAACCCACAGCAUCUGAAAGUGAACAACGAGUUAUUGGUGUAAAUUGGAACUUCGUUGAAGAUCAACUUGUUUUUGACUUAAGUGGCAUAGCUGAAUUGCCCAAAACCUCUGAACCCACCAAGCGAAAUAUCAUUCGACUCCCCGCUAAGUUUUACGACCCGUUGGGAUAUAUGUCACCAAUAACUGUCCAAUUUAAACAAAUUUUCCAAGAGUUAUGCGAAGGUAAAGUUGGUUGGGAUGAUGAGAUCUCACAUUCGAUAAGAGUAAAAUGGGAGAAACUAGUAGCAGAACUACUGAAGAUGAAACGCAUUCUCCUUCCCCGUUGCUAUUUCUAUAACAUAAGCGAGAGAGUAAUUUCUUCCACCAUCUAUGGCUUCUGUGAUGCGUCAAAGAUGGCAUAUUCAUGACCUAUUUGGUAAUUAGAACUGCCAGCAGUACUUACGUAAGAUUUUUAGCAUCUAAGACAAGAGUGGUCCCCAUUGACAAACAAACUAUUCCUCGAUUCGAACUGUUAUCCUGUCUCAUCCUUGCAAAAUUACCUAAAGACGUGGAGGAAGUCUUACGUCUGGAGUUACAAUUGCAAGAUUCAGUUUGCUGGACUGAUUCGAAAGUAGCGUUGUUUUGGAUCAAGAAUGAAGAUCGGGAGUGGAAACAGUUCGUGCAGAACCGAGCAAUGGAAAUCCGCAAUCUGAUAAGCCCGAAUUCUUGGCGACACACUGUCCAGGCGGAGAUAACCCAGCUGACAUACCUUCAAGAGGAAUAA